GCGCUGUCAUUUCGCGCCAGACCGCUAGAUUACCCCUAACCAUCAUAUUUACAUAAAAAUACAACCCGAUUUUGGGGCCAAUUCCCACCGAUUUGAUCCAGGAAAACGAGUUCUCAACCGCCCUUUUAACCUUCAAGACGUAGCAUCGUGCUGAUUUCCAACCCCGCUUUAUCGUCGUUUUUACCAUGGCCAAGAACAGUUCAAACGAAGACAACGACCCAGUUGUGAACUCCGAAGACGACGAAAUGGUGCAGUACAGGAAAUCGAGUUUGAAUGUCGUCACAUUUCGGACUGUUUACGGACAAAAAGAUUUCGAAACGCCCCACAAAGAGAGCAAUAGUUUUAAGCCGGAUAUGGCGCACCAGAUUUUCGGCAAAUCGGAAAUGAUUUUCGGCUACAAGCAACUCACCAUAAGUUUGUAUUACCUUCACAACUCGGCUAAGUGUUUCGCGGAUGUCCAGUUCAGUGAUAAAAUUGUCGACAGCGAGGGGUUUGAAGCCGAUGAUGUGAUGACCGCGUUGAAUCCGUGGCUACCUACAGACUUUAGAGCGAAGAAAGAGCAGUUCUUGGGGGAUUUACAAGACGAAAAUCACUCAGAGAUGUUCGGUGAGGUGAUUGACACGUUUGAGAACCAAGGGAGAACGUACAAAAUCACCAUUUGCGACACGUCGAGCGAGAGUUUCAAGGAGUUCCACCAGCGGUUUGAGACUUACAUCGUGUGGUUUAUUGAUGGGGCGAAUUUCAUAGAUCUGGAAGACACCCGCUGGGCUAUUUUUUACGUAUAUGAAGAGUUUGAAGUCGAGGGGAAACAAUAUCGCUCGCCUGUUGGUUUUUGUACGGUGUACAAAUUCUACCUGUAUCCGGAUUUAAUCCGGCCACGGAUCAGCCAGUUCUUUAUUUUACCCAGCCACCAGAGGAGAGGGCUCGGUACCAAGUUGUACUGCACCAUAUAUAAUUAUUUACUGGAAUUACCGGAUUCUGCGGAUAUCACAGUUGAGGAACCAACCGAAAUUUUUCAGAGAAUUCGCGACUUUUGCGAUAGUCUGAGGGUGUAUAAAGAUUUGGAGGAAAAUAAAAUUAGUAUUUCAACUCAGAACCAGAAGCAGAUUAAGGAGUUGUUGAAGCGACAUAAAAUUUGUAAGAGGCAGGCCCAACGCGUUUUCGAUGUUUUAGAAUGUUUGAUGGCUCAUAAAAGUGGCUACCAUGAAUACGUUAAGUUUACGGAGAGUAUCAAGACACGUAUUUCUGGCGAGAUGCAGAAAGAGAUGCGCGGUAGCAAACGUGUGUGUAACAAGGACCGAGCCCCCGUGGUCGUAGAGCCCCUAGACAAGAAAUUCGCCCUGGAGCAGGAAUACAACCGCUACAUCGGCAGCCUCGAGUGGCCCACCAACCGCCUCCGGCACCACCUGUCCAAGACCCCGAAAUGAACCUGGCCUGUAUUUUUUUAAAUAAAAUUUUCGUACUCCGCA